AUGUUUUCUAUUUUAAUAUAUAUAGAUCGUAUACCUGACUAUCGUCUUUUUUUACCUAUUCGAAAUGAAAUAUUUGAUAUAUUUGAUUCUAAUUUACAUCCAAUUGAAACGACUAUUCUUCAAUUACGAAUUGUUGCAAGUAAUAAAUCAGGUUUACCAUUAUCAGCUUUUCGUCUUGUUAAUGAUAAAAAUAUGGAAUUAUUUGAUCAUGUAAGAUUAUCACAAUAUGAUAUAGAUUAUCGUGCAACAUUAACUAUACAAACAUGGAUUGGAUGGUCGGAUCUUUUUACUUACGCAAUAAAAGGUUAUACAAAAGCUGUAUUGAAAUUACUUAGUUCAGAUGAACUUGUUCGACAAUAUAUGCUUCAAGUUGCUUUGUAUAUUGCUGCUCAUUAUGGAAAUGUUGAUUUAGCUCGAGCUUUACUUCAAUUAGGAGCACGAGCUGAUCGUCCAGUUGGUCAUCAUCCAUCUCGUCAAUGGUGUUCAUCUGAUUGUCUUCAUCCUGAAUAUUUUCGUUGUCCAAUACAUGAAGCUAUUAUGUUUCAACAAGUUGGUAUUGUUCUUUUAUGUGGUAGUCGUGAUGUUGAUAUAUUUCAAAAAGCUGAUGGCUAUGGUAUAAAACCAUGGCGAUUAGCUUUACGUCAACAACGUAGUAUAAAACAACGUGAAAUAGCAUUAUUUAUUUUAUCGAAACAAUUUGGUGGUAUUCAAUUACCAAAUAAGAUAACAUUACCUCUUCGUCAUGCUUAUGUAUUUAAACAAUGGGCAGAAAGAGCACGUGAACGUGUAUAUAAUAAAAAUGGUCUACAAUAUAGUUCAUUAAAACGUAAACCUUUAAUUAAUAAUGGUGAAUCAUUAUUAGGUUAUAAAAUAUUAGUUGAUGGACAUAAUAAUGAUUUUCAAGAUUAUUAUUCAACAGCUGAAUAUGCAAAAGAAAAAACACGUCAAGUAUGUAUUACACUUGAUGAAAGAGAAAAAAAUAAAGUGAAAAAUACAGAAAAUUAUAUGAAAAAUUUUAUUGCAUCUACUUCAACACAAACAAAACUUGCAUCAAUAAAUCCAACAACAACUCAACAAAUAAAAGAUGCAACAUCAUUAGAUAUUACUUCGCAUUCAGAAGGAAUUAGUACAGGAAAAAAAUUAUGGGCUAAAGUUGCAAAUUUAUAUCGUUUCGAAACAUUUCUUCUUCGAAAUGCAAUUGAUCUUAUUGACGCAGGUCUUCUUACAGAUGAAUCAUUACCAUCUCCAAGUCGACAUAACGCUCAUGGAGCAAUCAACACAACAAUUAGUCGUUUAUCAUCAUCGCUUUCAUCAAUUUCAUCAGUAAAUCCAAAUGUUCCAGUUCGUAUUCGUUUAUUUGUUGAACGAUUUCGUCUACUAAGAGAAAUGAUGUAUAAACCAGAUAAAGAUGGUCGAACAUUACGUCAUUUAAGUGGUGUUGAAUGGGCUAGAGUACGACGUGGUCUAAAUAAUCACUGGCAAACUCUACGAGCUAGUACAGCAUUAACUGCCAAAAAGAAACAAAAAGAACUUAAAAUAAAAGCAAAAAAAAAACAAUUAACUAUUCAAUUACCUGAUAUUCAACGAGGAGAAUCAUCAGCAAAAAUUCCUCUACCUAGAGAACGUCCAAAAAUUGAUUAUCGUUGUAUAUUACGUGGUAAUGAUAAACUUUAUCAUGAAAUAAUGAAUGAUUGGGAAAGAGCAGCUGGUUUAGCAUUACCAUCAUUAGCCGUACAAAGUUUAACUGAAGCAAGUAAAUUUCAACGAAAAUCAUGGAUGCGUAAAGUUGAUAUAGCUAUUCAAUUUGCAACGAAUCGUAGUCAACGAGUAUUUCAAUCAGUUACUUAA